UGUAAACUGUGAAGUUUCUUCAGAUUUUCUGAUACUUUUGCAUUGGCUGGUAGCGGAAUCAGCUGAAGAUUUCACAAUGUCACUCAUUGAAAAGUAUGCUUUUAAAGGCGUCAACAUUUUUCUCAUAUUUGGUGAUCCGAUAUCAAUGGUGGGUGACGUUCUUCUACUACCAGCAAGCCUUGAUAUCUUGAAUCCAGAAGGAAUUGCGUAUGAUAUGAUUCAUAUGGGAGGAGGAACCAUAAAAGCAGAACUUGAGAAAGUAGAUAGUGAUUCAAUUGGUUAUGGUGGUCUUAUAUCCACUACUGCGGGUUUCUUAUCGUACGAAAAUAUAUUCCACCUAAUCAUUGCAAGUUAUCGAAAUCUCGAGAAUGAGGACAACCUUUUUGCAUUGCAACAACUUGUAGAUCUUAACGAAUCUGCUUUUAAAAUGGCUGAGGAACUUGAAUUACGUGCGAUUAUUUCACCAGUUAUAGGUUUAGAAAAUGGAUACUUACCUGGAAUGUGUGCUGAAGCCGUACUGCAAGGUUUAAUCGAGUUUUCCUAUGAAUUUCCUAACAAUCAUUCCUUUGAGAAAAUCUUUAUCUGCUCAACCGAUCUCUAUAUCUUGCAUAUAUAUAUUGAGACAAUGAAUAAAUUGUUGUUUCCAAACCCAACGCAAUCAUCUUAUAAACCGCAAUUCAGAACCAAAAAGAGAAGAAGAAUAACACAAUCAACAGAGGCUGCAGUAAUUAUUGUCCCAUUACGAGACUUUGUUGAAAUCAAAAAAUCCCUCGAAACUGCCGACACCGAUGAAUUCUACGUCUUGUAUCAAUCUGAUUUCACUGUUUACCUCACUGAUAUUAAGAAGGAGAAUGGACGACAAGUGAAAGAUGCUAUAUAUAUGCCUCCACCUCUAGUCUUGGAUGAGGGAGGCUAUUAUCAUUUUGAAACCAUUCUUCUCAGACAGUUGAGAAAGCUCUUCCUGAAUGCAUACCGACAAAUUUCGAUUAUUGUUGAUCUCAGAUUUGACGAGAGGCUUCAUGAAACGAAACUACUUCCAAUGCUCGUUCGUACUAUGUUUACAUUAGACAACGUAUUCUGUAACAUGCCAAGGAAAAUUCCAAAAUCUCGACGCCGACUGAAAUUUUAGAAAAUAUCAUUAAGAUUACAGCAAAAAAUAUUCAGUUA